AUGGCAGAAGAAACUCCAGUGUCUUCUGAGAAGCUCAUUGUAUAUUCAGAGGCUCAUAGUGAUACCAUUCUGGCUAAUUUCGAGGAACAAAGGAAAAGAGGUUUUCUCUGUGAUAUCACUCUAAUAGUAGAAAACGUACAUUUCCGAGCCCACAAAGCUUUACUUGCUGCCAGUAGUGAGUAUUUCUCAAUGAUGUUUGCAGAAGAAGGAGAAAUAGGACAGUCAAUUUAUAUGCUGGAAGGUAUGUUAGCAGACACUUUUGGUAUAUUGCUGGAAUUCAUCUAUACAGGAUAUCUUCAUGCCAGUGAAAAAAGUACAGAACAAAUAUUGGCUACUGCUCAAUUUUUAAAAGUGUAUGACUUAGUAAAUGCUUACACUGACUAUCAAAGCAAUCAUAGCUCAACAAAUCCAACCACAUUGGCCACUGGUGGAGCCCCAGUAGUUGUUAUUUCUAAUAAGAAAAAUGAUGAUCCUCCAAAGCGAAAACGAGGUAGACCAAGGAAAGUCAAAAAUAUGCAAGUGGCAAAACCGGAAAUGGCUUCACUUGAAGAUAUCCAGCUUAGAGAGAAUAAUUCUGUUCAAAAUAAACAAAACUCUAUGGCAAAAACAGUAGAGGGAAGCAAUAGUAUAACAAAUGAACAGAAUCCAAUAAGAGAAAUAGAAGAAUCUGAGCGUGCCUGUGGGUCAAAUGCUGUCGAAAUGCCAGCAGAAGAAGAUGAGAACUGUGAUCCUAAGUCCCAGGAUGUACAAGGCAGUCAGAGUCGCUACAGCAAACGCAGGAUUCAGAGAUCUGUUAAACUUAAAGAUUAUAAACUUGUUGGGGAUGAAGAUGAUCAGUAUUCAGCAAAGAGAAUAUCUGGAAGAAGAAAGCGCUCUGGUUCUGAGGCUCGCUGUAAAGAAUGUGGCAAAGUGUUUAAGUAUAAUCAUUUUUUAGCGAUUCAUCAGAGGAGUCAUACAGGGGAACGACCUUUCAAAUGUAGUGAGUGUGGAAAAGGUUUUGCCCAGAAGCAUUCAUUGCAGGUUCACACAAGGAUGCAUACGGGGGAACGGCCAUAUACCUGUACUGUUUGCAAUAAGGCUUUAACAACAAAACAUUCUCUACUGGAACAUAUGAGCCUACACACAGGACAGAAGUCAUUUACCUGUGAUCAGUGUGGAAAAUAUUUCAGCCAGAAAAGACAGCUAAAGAGUCAUUACCGAGUUCAUACAGGCCAUUCAUUACCGGAAUGUAACCACUGUCAUCGAAAAUUCAUGGAUGUAUCUCAGUUAAAGAAACACCUAAGAACACACACAGGUGAAAAGCCAUUUACUUGUGAAAUCUGUGGCAAGUCUUUUACAGCAAAAAGCUCUCUUCAGACACACAUCAGAAUACAUCGAGGAGAAAAGCCAUAUUCUUGUGGCAUUUGUGGGAAAUCCUUCUCUGAUUCCAGUGCGAAGAGGAGACAUUGUAUAUUACAUACUGGCAAAAAGCCUUUUUCCUGCCCUGAGUGUAAUUUGCAGUUUGCACGCUUAGACAACCUAAAGGCUCACUUAAAAAUCCAUAGUAAAGAAAAACCAUUUCUAGAAGCUCCCAGUGCACCCAGCAGCAGUAACCCAGAGGAAGUUAGGAAUAUCCUUCAACUGCAGCAGUAUCAACUUUCCACAUCAGGAGAGCAGGAAAUCCAACUCCUAGUAACAGACUCAGUCCAUAAUAUCAAUUUUAUGCCCAGUCAUAGUCAAGGAAUCAGUAUUGUCACAGCAGAGGGUACCCAGAGCAUGGCGGCCGACCAAGCUGCGGACCUCACAGUGCUCACUCAGCAGCCAGAACACUUGCAGGGUUUGAUUCUUUCAACUCAGCCUGACCAGACAGAGCACAUCCAGAGUCUCAAUAUGAUGGACAGCCAGAUAGAGACUUCACCGGCUGAGCAGGUACAUAUAAUCACCCUGUCCAAGGAAACCCUGGAACAUCUUCAUGCUCACUGAGAACCAGCCGAGGAGCUUCCAAGAGUGGCCUCUUCAGACUCAGCUUAACACAUGCAGCAGACCCAGGAGCUGAGCCCUCACAGCUUAAUCAACAGUUCAGCAACAGUGUAAUUCUAUAAAGUUACAUUAUCUGGCAUUUGUCCCUACGCUGACCAUCAAAUGACAUUUGAAGUAGAACUUUCUGAUAUCAAUUGGUUGGUUCUAAUAUACAGAGUUGUUUGCACCCUUUCAGAUACUAGGAAACUUAUAAUAUUUAUAAAUGCUUUACAUUCAAAGCUAUUUAGUAGCUUGAACUUGUCUGAUUUGAACUAUCAUGUGACUUGAACAGUCUGACCUGUUCAAUCAUAUUGAUAAAAAAAAAAGUUUCACUUUUGUUCUCUCUGUCUUAGGGCUUAGAUUUUCACUCAGGUGCUCUACCAUAAUGAAGGUAAUUGUGAAGGUAAAAUCCCUUUAUGAAGGAGUUGAAAUUCACACCCUUGUGUUAUAUCUCUAAUCUUCAGGAUGACAAUUCUGCUAAGUGUAUUUUGGGUAUUUGAAGAACUACAAAAGUCAGUCAUGUGUUAAGUUAACUUUGACAUAGUCAUUGGUUUUGCUUCCUUGUUACUGAUAAAUACAAAAUUGACACUCAAAAGUUAAAAAAAAAUACCCUGUAUGUCAAGCCUUCCUGAUAUGUUUUUGACCCUCAGACACCAAAGAGUUAGAAACAGCCUUGUUCUUGAAUUAUUUCAUGAAUCUGUAAGCCUACUACAUUAUACUUGAGAGGUAAGAAUAUAUGGUAAACCCUAUAUUCAGAAUCCAAACAAUCAGAAAACCAAAAGAACAUUAUGUGUAAGUAUACAGAGGGAACGUAUUCUGAACUCUGUUUAGUGCGAAAAGCAAAUGUAAAAGCCAAGGUUACCUAACAGGCAGCAUGUAUUUCUUAUAAAUAAUAUUUGAGAGAAGGCCAUGGGGUGAGUACAGAUUUCAGUCUAAUGUUUUCAUCUUCAUUACUCUACAAUAAUAUUUGAUAUUCUUGACACUAAGGUCUUCUAAAUGAUUAGAAAGGUGAUAUUAGAUCCAGUGUGUGUUGUUAUGUUCUAAUUCUCUAAAAAUUGACCCCCAGUCCAGUCUAGACGAAUGCACAAUUUUUCUUUUUUAGGGAACAAAAUUAAGUAGAGUCACACAUAAGUCAGACUUAAUAUUUUUAUGGCUUUUAAUGAUUUAAAGGGCAAAUUUCUUUCCUUUGGACCCCUAUUAAGCUUUUCAAAAUUAGUAAUCACUUUGGACUUUAAUUCAUUUUAUGAUUGAUUUAGUUAUCAUAAAAAUAUUAAAUUGUGUGAAGGAUAAUUUUUAGUGCAGUGUAGUUUAGGUAAUCUUUUUUUGCAGAUAAUUAAUUAAGGGUUGUUGAGAAAUUCCAAGGACAUAAUUUGAUUCUUUACAAUUUAAUUGUGGGGUAGAAUAGAAGAACCAGACAGACACUAAAAUUUUGGAAAUAGUUCAUUGAAGAUGACUUUCGCAUUAGUUGCUAAUUUUUAGGUUUUCUUGAUUUCUAACCUAGUCAAAUAAUAGUAUUCUUCAGGUUUGUUGAGGGAUCACAGCUCCUUUUGACAUGUUUCAUGUGCUGUAUUUUUAUUAUAUGUAAUUCAAUUUCAGAAGUGAUCUAUUUUAUAUAUAACAAGAAGAGCAACAUUAUAUGAAUUAUAACUAGGCCAAAGGUAGAAGCUAAAGUUUUAUAAACAGAGUUGUAGCCAAAGUAGUAUUUGUGUUCUGCCCUAUAUAGCUUAACCUUGUAAAUAAAUGUGAAAUACCUAUUAACUCAUAAA